CACACACCCCAUGCCAUGCUGAAAACUAAAGUAUUCUAUGGCUUGAAAACACAUUGGCUGAGGAUUGUGUUUGCUACAGCAGCACUGAGACUAUGAAAAGGGGUGUCUAGAAAUUACUCGCUCCGUGUCCUGAAGAGUGCACAUGCUAAUACCUGGCACGGCACCAUAUGCCACAGCUACAGACCACCAGGUGGGAAAGCAGGAAGGCAUAUAAAGUGUAACUGACAGAAUGGCAGCCACCGUUACAGAGAGCAGCUCCGAGGAUCAAUCCAGACGAAUAUUCUGCAAGAACCCAUUUCUCAAUAUCAAGUUUUUUGUGUUCUGCCAUGGGUUUCUCCAGCUCUCCCAGCUCCUGCUAUCUGGCUAUCUGAAAAGCUCAAUUUCAACAAUUGAGAAGCGGUUUGGCUUAUCCAGUCAGACAUCCGGAUUGCUCGCUUCCUUCAAUGAGGUUGGGAACACAUUGCUGAUAGUCUUUGUAAGUUACUUUGGAAGCAGAGUGAACAGGCCCCGUUUCAUUGGCUGCGGCGCUAUUCUUGUAUCCAUAGCUGGGUUUCUCAUGUCUCUUCCUCACUUUAUAACCGGGCUCUACGAAUAUGACCAGUCCAUUGCCAGUGUGUUCAGCAAUUCUACUGAUCUCUGCCAACCUGCUAUAUCGACCAGAAACCUCAGUGACACAGACUGCACCCCACAUGCAGUGAAAGAAAACCGCGAGGUCCUGCUGAUCCUGUUUAUUGGCCAGGCUUUGCUAGGGAUUGGAGGAGUCCCCAUCCAGCCCUUUGGGAUCUCUUACAUUGACGAUUUUGCCAGUGAGAGAAACUCACCUCUCUAUUUAGGAAUCCUCUUUGCUCUGACUGUCAUCGGACCUGGCGUGGCAUUCAUGUUAGGAUCUGCCAUGUUGGGCUUUUAUGUGGACAUUGACAAAGUUCUCCCAGAGGAAAUUCAGCUCACUAACAAAGAUCCUCGAUGGGUUGGAGCCUGGUGGCUCGGCUUCCUGGUCGCAGCCACUCUUGUGGCCUUAUCUGCCAUCCCUUAUUUCUUCUUCCCAAAAGAAAUGCCUAAAGAGGUGGUGAAAGGGAGCAAGAGUAAAGUUAAGACGAGCAAAGACCUACUGAACGAGCUUAAAUCCAACUCGGAACUCUUGCAAAGCCUCUCCUUAACCCAGUUCAUAAAAAUCUUUCCUGCGGUUUUGUUGAGAAAUCUCCGACAUCCAGUCUAUCUGCUGGUGGUUUUGGCCCAAGUCAAUCUGUCCGCCAUGGUUGCUGGUUUAGCAACUUUCAUGGGCAAAUUCCUGGAGCGGCAGUUCUCUCUCACUGCAUCAUUUGCCAACAUGAUCAUAGGUUCUGUGAACAUCCCUGGAGCAAUGGUUGGAAUAGUGGCGGGUGGAGCCAUCAUGAAGAAGUUCCACAUGACUCUGAAACAGUGUGGUGGCAUGUGUGUCAUUGGCAUGCUCCUCUGUGUGAUCUUUGCCUUUCCCCUCCUCUUCCUGGGCUGCCCGACGCAGAAAGUUGCUGGCCUUAACUACAGACGAAGCUCUGAUGUUGGACCACACUCUUUUGAAUGUAACAGUAAAUGCAACUGCAUCGAUAAGGCCUAUAACCCUAUAUGUGGGGCUGAUGGGAUUGAAUACAUCUCUCCAUGUUUUGCUGGCUGUGAAGUUGUAAACUCUGUGGCCGAAAAUAAAGUUCUGAAUUAUACAAACUGCAGGUGCAUCUCUGCAAACGGGGCUGAAGGAUCCGCCUCCCCUGGGACCUGUGGCACAAAUUGCUCCCACCUCCUCUUACCCUUUAUUGUAAUUUCCUGCCUGGCUGGAAUCCUGGCAAGCACUUCACACACACCAUCCUUCAUGCUCAUCCUGAGGAGCGUUCAGCCUGAAGAUAAGUCAUUUGCUAUUGGGAUACAGUUCCUGCUGCUGAGAAUUUUAGCCUGGAUGCCAGGACCAGUGCUUUAUGGCAGUGCCAUCGACACAACCUGCAUCCUGUGGGAAAAGAAGUGCAAGAAGAACGCAGCUUGCAGAUACUAUGACAACGAUCUCUUCAGACAAAGAUUCCUUGGGCUCCAGUUUUUCUUUGAAGUGGGAGCUUUUCUGUGCUUCGUGGCUGUGUUCAUCAUUCUCAGACGACAAGAGAGGGAAACCAGGAAUGCCACAGAGCCAAAGACAAUUCCAGAGAAGGAGAAGCUGGCAGAAAAGUCAAGCAAAAACCUAGACUCCAAAGUCUGACUCAGAGAAAGUGAAUCACUAUUCCAUAUCUGCUGCCCAGGGAAGCACACGGAUUGCAUUUUACUGUUACUGUGAAGGAUGGAUGCUUGGGAUGAGCCUGAACAGGAGAUAAGCUUAUUUAUUUCCUGUCUUUAUCUUUGGCAGCUACAGCUUUUGUUCUUUCUUCUUCUUUUUUUUUUAUCUUCUAGUUUAUAUCUACCCAUGCUUGAGUGGUGCCUCAUGAGCUUGUUUGAUUGGGUUAAUCCCUUUGGACAUUGCAGCCUUAUAGAGUUAUAUCUUCCUAAGCAUUCAUUCAGCUGGCAAUCUGGAUGAUGCCAGCACUCUAAGCACUAAUACCUACAGCUGAAUUGUUUUUAUAAAGGUUUUUGUACAGUACACAAAUGUUUCUAUGUAUCCAAGUACAGUAUUCUGUACUUGGCCAUAAACACCAAUUAUCACAGCA